AUGGCAUCCGAACCCGUUGCCAACAUUUCCCAAGCCGGGGUGCUUCAGGGGCUCAGCACGGGGACUUCGACAUUGUAUGCUUCGUACAUCGUCACUGCCUUGCUCCUGGCAUUCUUUGCCUUCAGCUCGAGAGACAAGUACCCGGAUGUGCCCUGGCUAAACCCGAAAGGGCCUACCGAAUUGACCGCAUCGAAACAGCGCGCCGAAUUCCUGGCUCGACCCCGAGAACUGUUGAAGGAAGGUUCCGAAAGAUUCAAGGACAAGCCUUAUAAAUUGAACACAGAAAACGGCCCCGUUUUGAUGCUUCCGAGAAAAUACGUGAACGAGUUGAAAAGCGAUCGGACCCUCGAUUUUAUGACUGCAGCACAAGAGGCAAGUCAAUUUUAUAUCCCACGCCAUUCCCACACAUAUCUUCCGGGCUUUGAGCCAAUGCUGGUACCCAUGGAGAUGCCCCAAAUUAUCAGCAGACAUUUGACCAAAACGCUUUUGUCAUUGACGGAGCCGCUAUCACUCGAAACCACCCAGGCUUUGAAGAAUGUUUUUAAGGAAGACUACAAGGGCUGGACUUUGGUAACACCUGCCGACGUGAUGCACGUUGUGUCCCGGAUAUCGAGCCGUAUCUUUAUGGGCGAAGACCUCUGCGCCGAUCAAGAAUGGAUCAAAGCCUCGUCCGCAUACGUCAACACAAUUUUUCAAUACUCGAACACGAUUAGUUCGUGGCCAAGGAGCCUGCGGCGCAUCCUCCAUUUCUUUCAUCCGACUUAUAAAACAGUCAAGUCGGACCUUAAGCGCUGUCAAGAUGUGUUGCAGCCGCACUUGGACAAACGCAACGCUGUCAUCAGGCAGGCUGAAGCCCGCGGCGAGAAAAACCCAUACGAUGAUGCUAUAGAAUGGUUCGACAAGGAGACCAAGGGGAAGAAGAUGGACGCGGCCUCGGCGCAGAUCGCUCUCUCCCUCGUCGCCAUCCACACCACUACGGACCUUUUGACGCAAGCCUUGAUCGAUCUUGCCAGAUAUCCGGAAUUCGUCGCUCCUUUGCGGCAGGAGGUCAUUGAAGUUCUCGGCACCCAUGGCCUGACAAAGAUGGCAUUUCAGAAACUGAACUUGAUGGAUAGCUGCCUCAAAGAAAGUCAAAGGUUGAGGCCUAUUUUCAAUGUCUUCGGCCUUGUGGCCAGCGUUUUCAUUGGCACCGCCGCCGCCGCCCCCGUCGAUUCCACCGAGGCGGGAGCUGCUCUGGUCCGCCGUGAGCAGGUCGGCUUCCAGGCAUGCGAUAACAACAACUUUGGCUCCUGCACCACUUUUGUUCCCGAGGAGAACAGUUGCUCCGGCCUCGGCGGCCUGACCAGGCGCGUUUCCUCGAUCAAAGUCCUCACUCCGGGGUUCCAAUGCUUUAUCUGGGACGGAAACAACUGCAACGGCAACCGCGGUGGCCCCAUCAGGAUCGACAACCCCCAUCCCAACCUGGGCGACUACAACUGGAACGACCGCGCCGCCACCUUUGCUUGUUACCGCCUGUGA